GCGCAUGCGGGGGUCAGGGUUGACAGUCUCCACACAGUCGUGGAAGGAGUGCGGCGGCUAAGCUAACUGCAACCACCGCAACUAGCUACAUGUGGAGGGUAAAACGGGAGGCAUCCCCGACCCUAACUCUGUCAAAAUUCCUCCGUUUUACCCAAAACUACUCUAAAGUUCAGCCUCAUCGAAAAUAAGGGAUAAUAUCUGUUUACAAUGAAAGGUAGCCGGAUCGAGCUGGGGGAUGUUACGCCCCACAACAUCAAGCAGCUGAAACGCCUGAACCAGGUCAUCUUCCCUGUCAGCUACAACGACAAAUUUUACAAAGAUGUACUGGAAGUUGGGGAGCUUGCAAAGCUAGCAUACUUCAAUGACAUAGCAGUGGGUGCUGUGUGCUGCAGAGUGGACCACUCUCAGAACCAGAAGAGACUGUACAUCAUGACGCUCGGCUGUCUAGCACCCUACCGUAGACUUGGAAUUGGUACAAAGAUGCUGAAUCAUGUGCUAAACAUCUGUGAGAAAGAUGGCACUUUUGACAACAUUUACCUUCAUGUGCAGAUCAGCAAUGAGUCAGCCAUCGACUUUUAUCAGAAGUUUGGCUUUGAGAUCAUCGAAACAAAAAAGAAUUACUACAAGAGGAUAGAGCCCGCAGAUGCCCAUGUGUUGCAGAAGAGUCUGCGCAGCCCAUGUGCACCCCCCACCGGAGAGCUUCAGAAGGCAGAGUAGGGGCACAGUGUUUGGAGAGAGCACAGAUGUGCCCGCCUCCACAGAAACAGAACUGUGACAAAUGCCCCAGGGUCGACACAUUCAACACUUUCUUCAAAGGACGCUAAAAAGAGAAAACAAAUUUAAAAGUACAAAAAUUGCUGCAUUUAUUUUGCAAAGGGGUCCCCUUUUGAUUUUUGCAUAUUUUAUUUCUUCCCUUUCCUCAUACAGAUCAUUGAAAAAGACAAAAGCUCAGCAUCCAAAAGUGCUCCAAUGACAAAGUUGCCAACUUCAGACAGUUUUAGACUUGGUUGAGGGGGAGGGUGUGGUGUUUGCAAAUACUGUUUGUGUUUGAGUUGUUUUUAUGCGGUUAUAAAGCUAAUAGGGACAUAUCUAUUCUGUUGAGCAAAAGAAAACAGUUGGUUUGAAGUGGUAAAAGUGUUUGAAAGACCAUCACUGACACGCACAAAGUCCCAGCUGGUCAGCUUGGAGUGACGCUUUGAGAUACGUGGAACAGUCACAACUCUAUUCCCUCACUACCUGAACCCAGGAAUUUAUGGGAAAUGUGUCUGACCGGUUUGUUGAUAUGUCAUGUCCAGAGGGGGAAAGCAGAAAUGUAUCCCCUCGGUACAGGCAUAAGGAAGGCUGAACGGUUUUGAGGUGGUGGGAAGACAUGGUCACCACUCAUAAUUUCUGAAUAACUUUAUUUUCCAGCCUGUUAAUUUAAUUCCCCUUCAACUGUUAUUUUUAUUUUUUACAUUGAAAUGGCAAAUGGUUUAGAGGUUCUCCUGGGUUUACUACUAAGAGUGAAAACAUUAAGGAAUGAGAGAAACAAACAAAAUAUCAUUUUAUUGAAUGUGUUUCUGAGAAGGGCGCUCCACAAUGUCUUGUGAGGGGUGUUCGAAUAUCAACAGAUUGGCUGUUUGGGAUUGGAUUUGGGCAUUAUUUUCAGUAGUAUAAUGAAGGUGUGUGAGGAUGUGUGUCCCUAAACGCAUGGAAGUGUUUUGAGACAUCUUACCUUUAAACACCUUUGGCACCUUAUGUAGCCACAUUGCUGAAAAACUUCUCAAACUUCCUGCGUCAGUCAGUUACACAGUCUGUUACACAAACCUUAUUAGGUUUUGAAGCUCUUCAGAUAGUUUGGAAGUUUUGGUAUGGUCUUUUGAACAGUGUUUUACCCAGAGGAAGCUCUGACCCCUCUGCAUGCAAGGGGAGUUGUCCUCUCCACUGUAGUAUAAGCAUGUUUUUCCUUUCUUUGAAGAAUUUUAUCUUUUCUGGAGCUCUAUAUUGUAAGACUUUUUAACGUCUAAAUAAAGGAAUUACUAUUUGCAGUAAA